AUGGAUGUAGAUGUUGCUCCAGCGACAGUCCAGAACCAUCUCAACUUUCUGGAACAAGUGGACAAUCACGGCCAUCUUUACGAAGGGCCCGUUCUCCUGAGAGCAAUAGGCCGUUAUGAACAUUACUGGCUGCCCCUAGCAUCCAAACACACAAAUGAAGUUCUGACAGCUCCUUUGGACAUUGAGUGGGUCUGGCACUGUCAUAUGUUGUCUCCAAUGUCAUAUCAGAAAGACUGCUUGUCCAUGGUCGGUGUGGUGGUUCCCCACAAACUGCUAGACUCUGACGAAAGGCAAAAGUACCUAUCUGAGUCCGAGAUAUUUUGGAAUAAGGAGUAUCCAGAAACACCUUUUCAAGCAGGAACUGAAGGAUCAACGGGUGAACAGGACUUUGUAUCCAGUAUCAGUUAUGAUAUUGUCUCAGCUUCAGCGAGGCAAAAGCAGUUUUUCUAUCAAGUAUCCCUACCUCAUUACAGGAACAAGACGUACCUGCAAACUGCCAUGAGGAGAUAUAAACAGUUUCUGUUCCUCCUGAAAGGCAACCCAAACUCUUUCCUUGCCCCCACCUUUGACAUUGAUCUGGUAUGGCAUACCCAUCAGUUGGAUCCUGUCGCCUAUGUAUCUGAUACUGAACGACUCCUCGGUAAGAUCCUGAGUCAUGAUGACAGUGUCAACGACAGAUCACAAAACUCCAAGCUUACCAAUGCCACGAAGCUGACAUCAUCUCUGUGGAAAAAUGUAUUUGAUGACAGCUUUUCCUUCCCUGGUGCCAUGUACAGAGGUGAAAGCCAAAAGGGACAAUUGUAUCGGCUGACAGAGGGAGAAACAGAGGCUUUAUGUGCGACAGGAGUACUUGUAGAACUGACGUACCUUAGAAUUGACAGACUUCCAACAUGGGCGCGUUCAGCAAAGUUAGAGGUGGUUGUUUUACGAGACGAAGGAACGGUGCUAAGUAAGAGAAUACUGAGUUCAAAGAACUGGACUCAUAAAGAUUCUAUGACUUGGGAGAGGGUUCAUCUCUAUCUAGGAGAGAUGUGGACAAACAAAUGCGAUUUCAUCCGCUUCAAGUUAAUUGGAAAAUCAGGGUAUGCGAUCUUCAAAAAGGAGAUAGUAUUAGGAGAAGCAACCUUUGACUGCCUGUCGUCAAUUGAGACAUUUGAAAGUUAUACAUAUGCAAUUUCUACUGAAAAAACGCUGGAACCAUCGCCUAUAAUCCUGAAAUGUAAAGGAAAAAUGGUUCGUCCUAAAUUAACCUUGGAAUUGCAAAAUGGGCCGUGGACGACGGAUAUGAAGGGUAUAAUGUCGUCGAGAGAGGAAGUAUGGGGUCCUGUGCCAAUACCACGUCCUGUAGAAGGUGUUUCAGAAAAGUUCUUCAUGGCAAUACACAAACUUACGGCGGCUGGUUGCAAUGCAGAGUUUGUAUGCAGAGUCGUCCACUCCACGGAUCUGCUGAUGUCAGCAGUUCUUGUGUAUCACCAGCAAAGACUGGUCUCCUUUGCUUAUCUCAUUGGUGCUGACCAACUUCCUUCACCAGAAGCAGUCGAUUCAUCAUCCGACCUGCCAUCUUUAAAUCCAAAGUUAGGGCAACGAGCGAUGUUGAUAAAGAACAAUCAAGGAGACUGGGGUUUGGUUACUGGCAACUGGGUUCGCUCCACAAGAUCUGUUCCAAUUUCAAGCUAUUCGAGGACUCUGCGAGGGACUCAGGUGCUUUGUGGAUAUCUUGAUAUCAACUUUUACAAGUUCUCAACCAAGACCAUGAUAAAGAAGAGUAUGACGCAGUACCUUGACGGAGGGUUCGACUUUAAACUUGACGGAAUGGAGUGCAGAAGAACGUGUGUCACGUUCAUGGAUAAAUACCACGAAGCUGCUGAACGUGUUGCCCUGGCCUUCUCCAUCAGCAUCCUGCAUGUUCUAUGUCAGCCAAGAUCGAAAGCAUGGAAAACUGGAUUGUCCCCGAACUAUGGCAGGAAGCUAGAUCGUGGUGUUUCUGCAGCUCCUUGUGAGAAUGUCCUGUUCCUAUCUGCAGCUGGGGUUCUUCAGGAAUGUCCGUCUAACCAUUAUUUGGUGAACUCCUACAGAGACGACAGGAAGGCAAGGUAUGCAUUGCUCAAGAAUGGACAAAAGAAAAGCAGACAACAUGCUGACAGCGAGAGUGGAGAGGGUGAAGAAGAGGAGGAGGAGCAUGAUGGAGGUGAAGAAUCAACAAGUAAUGUCGACGUGAAUCUGUUUGAUGCGGGCCAUGAUGACGACUUUGAAGAACCUUGUAUGAUGGGGAUGGAUAGUUUUAUUGUCGACUGUAGUGAAAGCUAUGAUGAUGGUGGAGAUUCAGGGGCAAAUGAAUAUGGCGGAGGAGGGUGUGACUACGGUGGCGGGAGUGACUAUAUAGGCAGCUCAUCGUGCGAUGGUGGUGGAUGCAGCGGUGGUGGUGGAUGUGGAGGUGGUGGAGGAUGCGGCGGUGGUGGGGGAUGUGGAGGAGGAGGUGGAUGCGGCGGUGGUGGGGGAUGUGGAGGAGGAGGAUGUGGAGGCGGAGGGGGAUGUGGAGGAGGUGACUGA